AUGGGUUACUGCGAGUUGGAGUCCGUGCAAUCACAAGGGGCCAUAGGUCUUCUAGGUUGCAGCUACGGGGUCUGUUUGGGAAGCAGCAGAUAUGGCGGUGAAACAGCAAGUAUAGGCAGGGUAGCAGCAACGGUGAAGCAGCAGGUAUGGCGGCAGGGUAGCAGCCACGAUCAGCAACAGGCGUCCGUGCAAUCACAAGGGGCCAUAGGUCUUCUAGGUUGCAGCUACGGGGUCUGUUUGGGAAGCAGCAGAUAUGGCGGUGAAACAGCAAGUAUAGGCAGGGUAGCAGCAACGGUGAAGCAGCAGGUAUGGCGGCAGGGUAGCAGCCACGAUCAGCAACAGGCGGGAGAGCCGUUUAAGGAGUAUAUGGUGGAAAUGCAGACGCUCAUGCGACCCUUAAAAUGCCCCCAGGAAGAACAAACGGAGCUGAAAAAGGAGAACAGCAUGCUAGAUUUAGGGCAUACAUGCGGCCGCAUAGUACCGGGAUUUGGAUGCGAUGAUGGCGUUGGCAGACGCUCGAAGCGUUGGAGAGUGAUCGCGUGGACUUCCAGCGAGAGAACCCCACAACUAAAGCACGGGCGGCCAUCCGUUCAACAAGCCGGCGGAGGUAGAGAUAUGCCGACGCUGCAAGGAAGGAUCGACCACACAAAAGGGGAAAGAAACCUAGCCAUCGGCUACGCCCACAACGACAAGCCAUAUCCAGAACGGUUAUGUGACACACCCGGCACAGGUAUGUGGGCGGUGCGGAAGCGGAGAGCAUUGGUCGCGAGAAUUCAGUGCUCGGCCUCUCAAAUAUUGCUGGAGAUGCGGGAUGGUCGGAAAGUCAACAUGGGAUUGUUGCAAGAAGACGGGAAACGCCCCGCGACCCAAGCCGAGAAGGACCGUGCUGGGGUCGCAGGAGACCGCCCCCACGACCUAGUUGGAAGGCUCACGAAUGAGGAAAUUCAGCUCUCCGCAGUGGUGACGAUCGCGGGAAGAGAGCUGCAGGCUACAGGAUCCACUAGCAGCUUCAGCAGUUGCGAAUUGACGGACAGUACGGGUAUAAUAACAAGACAACUCGAGGUGCAGAUGGCGUUCGGGAACCAGGAAGUGGCGUUGAAGGUGCUAAUAUUGCCGGGCGUGAUCGAGGUUCUAAUCGGUCGGGGCGGUGGUGACCUGUGCGGAGCACAGUGUGGUGAUCCCCGUCAGAGAUCAGAGUCGAGAAGGAAAGGAAGAGAGACUGUCAGUGGCGAUAGUGGAGACCUCGAACAUGGCUACGGAACCGGCAGCGUCGGCGGUGGGACCCAGGCAGAGGCCGCGGUCCUGACCCUCACUGGAGCUCGGCCAGACGAAGCGCCAAGGGAAGAGUCGGUAGAGACUUUCCCCGCCCGGAAAUUGAAGGAGUUCGCCAAGCUGAAGGGAGUAUCCAACGUGGCAACGCACACAAUCACCAUGAGUGAUGCACAGCCGGUCAAACAGAGGUACUCUCCGAAGAACCCCAAGAUGCAAGCAGAGAUUAACCGGAAAGUGGAUGAAUUGUUAGAGUUGGGAUGCAUAGAGCCGUCAAAGAGUCCCUACAGUUCGCCCAUAAUCAUGGUGAAGAAAAAGACGUGCCGAUGGAGGCUGUGUGUCGACUUUCGACAGGUGAAUACCAAGUCUGUGAAGGAUGCUUUGGAUCUGAAGGACGGAUAUUGGCUAAUUCCUCUGGAAGAAAAGAGCCGGCAGAUCACUGCCUUCACCGUGCCUAAGAAGGGGUUGUACCAAUGGAAGGUAAUGCUUUUCGGUCUGCACUCGGCGUCGGCUGCAUUCCAAAGGACAUUGGACCAGGUAAUCGGACCGGAAAUGAUGCUACACGCGUUUGCGUAUCAGGAUGAUAUCAUCGUCAUCGGGCGGACAGAAGAGGAGCACCGUAAGAAUAUGGAAGAGGUCUUCCGACGGCUACGGAAGGCGAAUCUACGGCUGAAUGCGGAUAAGUGCCAAUUCUUUCGGAAGGAAAGCCAUAAGGUGACGGGCGAGGGAGUGAAGGAACUGCGCCAAUAUCUGGGGGUGGCGUCAUGGUAUCGGCGGUUCGUGCCCGACUUUGCAACGUUGGUGCAACCACUCACGGCAUUGCUGAAGAAGAAGGUAUCCUGGGAGUGGAACCAGGAACGCCAAGAGGAAUUCGAGGCCGUGAAGGGUCGACUGGUGGCGGACCCCGUGUUGGCGUGUCUAGAUUUCUCACAGAAGUUUGUUCUACGAACGGAUGCCAGCGAUUAUGGACUAGGAGCGAUUCUGACGCUGGAGACAGAACGGGGAGAACGGGUGAUAUCAUAUGCCAGCAGGUCGCUGAAUGGUGCUGAGAGAAAUUACUCAGCGACCGAGAAAAAAUGUCUGGCCUUAGUAUGGGCUGUCAGGCGGCUGAAACCAUACCUAGAAGGAUACCGCUUCAAGGUGGUCACGGAUCUGAAAUGGCUGAACUGCAUAGAAAGUCCGGCAUGGAGGGUGGCCAGAAGUGGCAUACAGGAAAGGGCAGCUCAACGUGGUCGCGGACGCACUUUCCAGGCAGCCAGUGACGGAAUGGUGCCUUCGAAUGAGGAAGAGGAAGAGGGCGAUGAUAAGGCGAAACGAACACCCUGCAAAUGGAUGACCGGCCGAGGGAACGCCUUAAAAAGGAACCCCUAA